AUGCGCGAUGUCGUUUCAAAACAUCUACACCCACCCACGAGUGUGCUCGUUGCUCCCGAGAACAAGGAUUUCUUCUAUGUUUGUCCAGGGCAUUUAAAGGAGAAGGGCUUCUGCUCCCCGAUCAUAGACCAGGCAGCAGUAGAAGCCCGCAAGAAGAAGGAGAUGGAAGACGAGGUUGCCAGAGUCAAGAAGGAGUACGAAGAAAAGCAGCGCAAGAAAAAAGAGAAAGAGGAGAAAGCCAAAGAAAAGGACAAAGACAAAGAUAAGAACAAAGACAAGGAAAAGGACGACAAGAGUGAUGACGACAAGAAAAAAGACGAGUCUGAUGAAACCAAGAAAUCUGAAGAUAAGGAACCCGCAAAGGAAGAGGAGCCACGAGUCUUUGCGUUGCAAAGGUAA